AUGAAUAAAAUUAGUGAUGGGAAUCCACAAACAUUUGGUACUAUGAAUCUAGUAAACACACCAACUCAUCCUCAAAUAAGUUUGCGUUUAUUGAAUGAAAGAAAUAAAGAAAUUCUGUCAGCUUUUGUCGGUUCACAUAUACGCUUGGAUGCCUUACUACGUAAUCCCUCAGGAUCAUAUAAACAUAUUGCUGCUGAAUAUUGUUAUGGUAACAAUCGAUCUCUACAUUCUGAUUAUUUCUCAAGUGAUAUAGGCACUUUGCUUAUUGAUCACAGAUGUUUACAUAAGAAACCGUUAUUAACUGCCAAAUUUUCAAGUAUUGGUUUAUUGAAUGGGCAUUUGCAAACAGAAUUAUUUCAAGCUUUUCGCUUGGGUAAUAUGACUUUAGUAUUUUUUACUUGUGUAUUCAGAAUAUGUCAAUUACCUACAGACUGUGAACAGACAAAGUGUAAAACAGAUGAUGGAAUACAAAAAAUUCAUCCAACCGAAAUAAAUGAAAAAGACAAUAUCAUACCAUUUCUAAGUCAAAUUAUAAAUAAUAAUUCAAAGAAUAACUACUUACAUCAUAUCUACAAAGGUGACGGUUACUUUUUCCAUGUUCAAACAUACGCUCAUAUUGAAGUAAAUGAAAGACACCCUAAACUAACAUAUAGUACUAAUAACAAUGGAUUAAAUCCAAAUUAUUUAAUAUCAAAUCAUCAAUUAGAUAUGAAAACCACUUCAUCAUUACAAUCAACACGUGAUCGAUCAUUAUGUAAUUAUACUUUAUGUUUAACAACAAUUCAUUUAAGCUGGAUAUUACUUGGAUUAUUUAUACUACUUAUUUUAUUCUGUAUCACUUUAAUAUUAAUUUAUCGUAAAUAUCGAUUGUUUUUACAAAGAAGAACAUUGAAUCUUCUUGGAAAACAUCAACAACAAAAUCAAUCUAUAAAAAAAUCAUUAUCAAUUUUAGCAAAAAAUGAUUAUAGUGAACAUUCAAGUCCAUCAAGAAUAUAUAAUAAAGAAUAUUAUCAAACUAAUUAUUUAUUAAAUCCAGAUUUACCAUUUAAUUCAACAUUAUUAACUACAGAUAAUUUAGAUAUGAAAUCAUCUUUUCAAUUAAAUCCAUUAACACCUUCAUCGAUUAUAUCAUCAAGUUCAAUUCAAUCUGUAUUAUCACUACCUCCAUUAUUAGCUACAUGUACAAUUGGAUCAUUAAAUCAUUUAAAUGGGAAAUUAAAUAUCUGUGAACCAACUUAUUCUACAAAUAAUAAUAAUAAUAUGACAUUAAUUUUAAAAAAUUCUGAUACAUCUAAACAUGAAACAAUCCAUUGUGAUAAUUCAGAUCUAUUUUAUCAUACAGUAUCUUCAACAAUUUAG